AUGAAUGGAAUUUUUGCAGUUAAUAAACCAUCAGGUAUAACGUCAGCUAAAUUCAUUGAUGAAUUACAAUCUAUAUUUACAAAUUCAUCUGCUUUUGCUAAUGAUUUAAAAUUAAUGAAGGAGAAAAUUGAAUAUGAUAUGAGUAGGGAUAAAAAAAUUUCUAAGAAAAGGAUGCAACAAAAGAUUAGAAAUUGUAAAGUUAAAAUUGGUCAUGGUGGUACUUUAGAUCCUUUAGCUAGUGGUGUUUUAGUAAUUGGGAUUGGAUCAGGUACCAAAAAAUUGCAACAUUAUUUAACAGGAUGUGAAAAGACAUAUGAAACAAAAGCUUUGUUAGGAAUAAGUACAACAACAGGUGAUUCAGAAGGAGAAAUAAUAUAUAAAACUAAAAUUGAUCACAUAAAUGAUGAAUUGGUGGAGAAAACAGUUUUAAAAUUUAUGGGGAAAAUUAAACAAACACCACCUAUAUUUUCAGCAUUAAAAGUAAAUGGGAAACCAUUAUAUGAAUAUGCAAGACAAGGAUUACCAUUACCAACUGAAGGAAUAAAAGUGAGAGAAGUAACUAUAAAUGAUAUAAAAAUUUUAGAUCCAAUAACUUUAAAUCAUGAUUUUAAGAAAUUAGAAAGUAUAAUUGAUGAAGAAACUGGGUUACCUAAAGAACAUGGAUUGAUAAAUAAUCCAACAUUAAAUGAUUCACCAUUAUAUUUAAAUGAAGAAUAUAAAGAUGAAAAAAUAGAGAAACCAAAGAUUACGGAAGAUUUACCAGAUAAAUUACCAUUGAUACAUUUAAAAUCAGAUGUUAGUUCAGGUACUUAUAUACGUAGUUUAAUUAGUGAUAUAGGUAGGGCAAUGGAAUCAUCAGCAUAUAUGGUUGAAUUAAUUAGAACAAAACAAUCAGAAUGGGAAUUGGAUAAAAAUGUAUUUGAAUUGGAUCAUUUUAAACAAGAUGAAUCAAUUUGGGCACCAAUUUUAAAAAAAGUUCUAGAUGAUGGAUAUAAAAUUAAUUUAAAAAAUGAAUUUUCAAACUUGAAAAAAAGAAAAAUUGAUGAGAUUGAUAAAUAGACAAUUCAAAAGAUUUUUCAUUAAUACAUCUUCUAAAUCAACUCUAUCUAAUGCAAGAUCAAUUAUAAAUUCAAUUGAUUUUAAAUUAAUUACUCCCAAUUUUCAACCAAAAUCGGUUUUGAUUUUUUCAACUCCAUCGAAUUUACCACAAAUUAUUCAAGAUUCAAUUAAAUUACAAGAAAAAAACAUACAAGUUAUUGUUGCUGGAGUAGACGCAGUAUUAAAUAAUAGAAAUGGUAUUAGUGAAUUAUGGUUAGAUGAAAAAAUAAAGAUUCAAGAGUCAAUUAAAUUAGAAGAACGAGAUAAUAUUAAUGAAGAACCAAAAGAAUCAGAUGGUAUAAAUAUAGUAACUGCAAGAAAAAAUUGGAUUAAUAUAAAAUCUCAAUUACUGAUUGAUUUAAAUUAUCAUCAUAAUAUAAUUUGUUUAAAUUUAGCAAAUACCGUCUUUACCACGGGGAAAAUUACAACUUUAUAUUAUUUUGAUAAUGAUUAUGAAAAUUCAGGUUUACAUUUAUGUGAUUUGAAAAUUCAAUUACCAAAAGGGUUAAUUAAACAUCCAAAAGUAAUUAUUGAAGAUCAAUGGGAACCGUUAUAUGAAGAAAAGUUUACAAUUACGAAUUGUGUUGGAAAUUUAGUAAAAACUUUAAAUGAUAAACCAGCUUCAAAAUAUUUAGAAAAUAAUGAAAAAUUAAAUGCGUUAGCAUCUAAAGAUACUGAAAUAUAUGUUAAAAUCGAUGGUAAGAAAAGGUUUAAAGUUACAGCUGGUGGUGGAGGAUGGGGAGUUAAAGCAAAUAUGAUUGCAUUAUCAAAUGAAGCACAAUUACAGAAGGGUCAUACAUUGGAAUUUUUCAUGGUACCACCAAAUUUAACUUAUAAACAUAAACAAUUUAAUUACCAUGAUUGUAUUACAUUUUCAAGUUGUCCAAUUGAAAUUAAUUAUGCGACUGGUAGUGACAUGACUACAAAAGUUUAUGAAAAUGUAUUUGGAUGCGGUUGUGAAGGUGGUUUUUUCUUUAAUGAAAUUAAACAUAAUUCACCAAGUGAAACUAUAUUUAUAAAAAUAUGA